AUGGCUCCCAAGAUCUUGCUGACUGGUACCACCGGCUAUAUUGGAGGCGACAGCCUGUAUCUCAUCUCCCAAAAGCACCCAGAGUGGGAACUCACAUGCAUGGUUCGGAACAGCGACAAAGGCGCCAAAGUUGCUGCUGUGUAUCCAAAAGUGAGACUGGUUUACGGAGACCUGGAUGCCGUCGAGUUGAUAGAGGAAGAGGCUGCCAACUCCGACAUCGUCUAUCACUUUGCCAACUGCGACCAUGAGCCAUCCGCCCACGCUAUUGCCAAAGGCCUCGCACGGAGGGAUCGCGAGGGCCCUGGUUACUGGAUCCAUACAUCUGGGACACUAAUUCUAGGCUGGGAAACAAUCGAACUCGCCGACUUUGGGAACAAGCUAGACAAAGUUUUCGACGAUUGGGACAAUGUGAACGAGUUGGUAUCUCAGCCCGACCACGCUGCUCACAGAAAUGUCGAUAAGAUUGUUCUAGCGGCGUCGUCUGACAAGGUAAAGACGGCGAUUGUGUGUCCUCCAACAAUAUGGGGUCGGGGUCGAGGUCCAGACAACACACGUUCAGUCCAACUCUAUAACGCGACGGAGAGCUUUCUGAAGCGCGGGAAAGCCUUCAAAGUCGGAAAGGGGGACAAUAUCUGGCACCAGGUCCACGUUCAUGACUUGUCUGACCUUUACCUUCUCAUCGGCGAGGCUGCAGUUAAUGGCGGCUCACCAGCGACCUGGAAUGAUCAGGGCUAUUAUCUGGCUGAAAAUGGUCCUUUCGUGUGGGGAGAUGUCAUCCAAGAGAUUGCAAAGGUCGCACAUAAAAAAGGGCUCUUGCCCGAUGAAACUGUGGAAAGCCUGAGUCCGAUGGAAGCUGAAAGAUUUCUGCCGCUUGCGAAGUUUAUAAUUGGAACCAAUUCAAGGGGAGUAUCGAUCCGAGGAAAGAAGCUGCUUGGAUGGAAACCUACUAUGCAUGGAAUUAUGGACGAAAUUCCGGAGUGCGUGGAAAGCGAGGCCCAGCUCCUCGGCCUGAUCAAACGCCAUGCCGCCAAAGUUGCAGAAUAG